AUGAAAUAAAGGCCAACAACAGCAAAAGUUCCUAAAACUAUAGAUUAAAGGGAAAUUCAAUAGCUUCAUGAUUUAGAUUGUAAUUUUAUGUUUAGAAUUUAGGUCGUUAAUAUUAAUUAAUUGGUAGUAAUCUUUCUCAUUUUACAAUUUUGAAUGAAUUGGGGAAGGGUUCUUAUGGAGUAGUUUAUAAGGUGAAAUCAAGUCAAGAUGGGAAUAUAUAUGUGCUUAAGAAGAUCAAUUUAACUCAUCUUAAGUCAAAGCAUCAAGGUAUGUGUGUUUCAUAUUAAAAGCUGAGGCACUCAAAGAGGCAUAACUUCUGAGGAAGCUUAAACACCCUAAUAUUAUCACCUAUUAUAUGAGUUUCAUUGAGUAAGAUAAUCUUUGUAUAAUUAUGGAGUAUGCAGAGGGAGGAGAUCUUUAGAAAGUAGAAAUCAAUAUGUUAUUUAGUUACUAAAAGAUUAUAAGGAGAGAAGAAAAUUUAUGUAAGAGGAAACCAUUUGGGAAAUGAGUAGGGAACUUAGUUCUGCGUUGUAGCAUCUUCAUGAAAACAAUAUAAUUCAUAGGGAUAUAAAAACACUCAACGUAUUUCUUACAAAGGAAAAGCAUGUAAAAUUAGGGGAUUUGGGAGUGUCAAAGAUAUUUAAUUCUGAUACAGCAUUAUAAGGUACGAGAGUAGGAACUCCUCUAUAUUUAUCUCCUGAACUUGUUUAACAUUAACCAUAUGAUUAUAAAGUAGAUAUCUGGGCUUUAGGAUGUGUAGUAUUCUACAUGGCAGCAUUAGAGCCUCCAUUUUAGGGUGAGAAUUUGAUAGCAUUGGGAUAUAGUAUAGUUAAUAGAGCACCAAAGGGAUUGCCACCUCAAUACUCAACAAGUACAAAUUGUAUAAGUAAAUUAUGAAAGGAUUAAGUCAGUUCAUAUGGAAGUUGCUUGAGAAGAUUCCAGCAUUGAGGCCAAGUAUAUAAGAAGUGAAUACUAUAUAUUUCUAAUAAAGGAGUUAGGGAUAGAGAAUUUCAUAGUAGAUUUUAUUAUUAAUAACAUAGACAAUAUGAUGAUGGAUUACCGUAGAUGUAAUAUCAAUAGCCUUAAUAAUAAUAAAGGCCAUAAACUUCAAAUCCUAAGACUUAUGCUAUGUAGGCUUAGGAAACAGAGAAGAUGAAGAAAACUAGAAAACCAUAACAAUAAGAUUUAAUUAGUAAUGGAUCUGAUACAAUAUAUAUGGGAGAUGUAAUUGAGAUGACUUAAAAAUAAAUAGAAAAUGAACAAAUUUCUAGGGCUUAAUAAUACUAAUAAUUGUUAAAAGAUUAAUAAGAGAAAUUAGAGAAAGAGAGACUUGAAAGAGAAAGAAUUGAUAGAGAAAGAUAAGAGAGAAUGGAUAGAGAAAGAUAGGAAAGAUUGGAGAAAGAAAGAUUAGAUAGGUUGGAAAGACAAGAGAGAGUUGAAAAAGAGAAAAUGUAGAGAUUGGAAAGAGAGAGACAAUAAAAAGAUUUAUAAGAAUAAGAAAGAUUAAAGUAAAUAGAAUAAUAAGAAUAUAAAUAUAAUUAAUAGUAAUAAUAAUAAUAAUAAGUCAUUAAGAUUUAAUCUAAUUAAGUUGAAUUAUACAUUCAAGAUAUUGAUGACAAAUAAUUUUAAGAAGAAAGAAAGAAUUCAUUUUCUCUUGAACAGCCACCUAAAUUUAAAUUAGAAAUUAAGAGUAAUAAACCUUAAAAUACAUACAAAUCUAAUGUAUAAAUUAGACCUUUAUCAGCUUAAGCAAGAGGAUCCUCUUUUGCUAAUAUUUCCUGUAGGGCUAAAUUAAUUCCUGUAUAAUAGAAUUAAUCAGUUAAAGAAGUUAAAAAAUUCACUAUUUUGGAUUUGAAUCCUAAUUCUAAUUAAUUAUCUAUGCAUUAAGAUAUACCUAUUUAAUAAGAACCUUAUAUCAAAUAUCCUAAUACUAAUAAUAAUAGUUAAAAUACUGUUAUUAACAAUGUUAAUAAUAUUGUCAAUAAUCAACCUCACAAAACCAAAGAAAAUAUUCGUAUUAAAAGUGCACUUAUUUUAUAAUACUCCAAUAAAAGAUAAUAAUAGGAUCAAUAAUCCAAUUAAAUUGUCAAACAUUACACAUUAAAAGAUUUAGUAGAAUCGUGA